GCGGCGGCUAGGGAGCGAGCCUCGCGCGGGCGGGCCCCAGCCUGAGGGAAGGGAGGAAGGGGCGGGGAGAGCGCCAGAGGGAGGCUGGUCGGCCGCGGGCGGGCGGGCAGCGCAGCGCCGAGCGGGGCCCGUGGGCCCAUGAGGAGGCCCGGGGACCAUGGGCUCCAGGAUCAAGCAAAACCCAGAAACCACGUUUGAAGUGUAUGUUGAAGUGGCCUAUCCUAGGACAGGUGGCACUCUUUCAGAUCCUGAGGUGCAGAGGCAAUUCCCGGAGGACUACAGUGACCAGGAAGUUCUACAGACUUUGACCAAGUUUUGUUUCCCCUUCUAUGUGGACAGCCUCACUGUUAGCCAAGUUGGCCAGAACUUCACGUUCGUGCUCACUGACAUUGACAGCAAACAGAGAUUCGGGUUUUGCCGCUUAUCUUCAGGAGCGAAGAGUUGCUUCUGUAUCUUAAGCUAUCUCCCCUGGUUCGAGGUUUUUUAUAAACUACUUAACAUCUUGGCAGAUUACACGACAAAAAGACAGGAAAAUCAGUGGAUUGAGCUUCUUGAAACUCUGUACAAACUUCCAAUCCCUGACCCAGGAGUGUCUGUUCAUCUCAGCGUGCAUUCUUAUUUUACUGUGCCUGAUACCAGAGAGCUUCCCAGCAUACCGGAAAAUAGAAAUCUGACAGAAUAUUUUGUGGCCGUGGAUGUAAACAACAUGUUGCAUCUGUAUGCCAGUAUGCUGUAUGAACGCCGGAUCCUCAUCAUUUGCAGCAAACUCAGCACUCUGACCGCCUGCAUCCAUGGGGCUGCUGCGAUGCUCUACCCCAUGUACUGGCAGCACGUCUACAUCCCCGUGCUGCCCCCCCAUCUGCUGGACUACUGCUGUGCUCCCAUGCCCUACCUCAUAGGAAUCCAUUUAAGUUUAAUGGAGAAAGUCAGAAACAUGGCCCUGGAUGAUGUCGUGAUCCUGAACGUGGACACCAACACCCUGGAAACCCCCUUUGAUGACCUCCAGAGCCUCCCUAAUGAUGUGAUUUCUUCACUGAAGAACAGGCUGAAGAAGGUCUCCACAACCACUGGCGAUGGUGUGGCCAGAGCAUUCCUCAAGGCCCAGGCUGCUUUCUUCGGUAGCUACCGAAAUGCUCUGAAAAUUGAGCCGGAGGAACCCAUCACCUUCUGCGAGGAAGCCUUCGUGUCCCACUAUCGCUCCGGAGCCAUGAGGCAGUUCCUGCAGAAUGCUACGCAGCUGCAGCUCUUCAAACAGUUUAUUGAUGGUCGAUUAGACCUUCUCAAUUCUGGUGAAGGUUUCAGUGAUGUUUUUGAAGAGGAGAUCAACACGGGCGAGUAUGCUGGUAGUGAUAAGCUGUACCACCAGUGGCUCUCCACAGUCCGGAAAGGAAGUGGAGCAAUUCUGAAUACUGUGAAAACAAAAGCAAACCCAGCCAUGAAGACUGUCUACAAGUUCGCAAAAGAUCAUGCAAAAAUGGGAAUAAAAGAAGUGAAAAACCGCUUGAAGCAAAAGGACAUCACCGAGAAUGGCUGUGCCCCCUCCAUGGAAGAGCAGCUGCCGAAGACUGCGCCAUCCCCACUGGUGGAGGCCAAGGACCCCAAGCUCCGAGAAGACCGGAGACCGAUCACUGUCCACUUUGGACAGCUGCAAAGACUCCGUCCCACUCGACCACCGCCUCCCAAGAUACAGCGCUCAAGGCCUGUGCGCCCACCCCGUCCACAUGUCAUUAAGAGACCGAAGAGCAACAUCACAGUGGAAGGCCGGAGGACAUCCGUCUCGAGCCCUGAGCACCUGGUAAAGCCCUUGCGACACUAUGCAGUCUUCCUCUCCGAAGACUCCUCUGACGAUGAAUGCCAGCGGCAAGAGGGCACGAGCUCUGGCUUCACCGAAAGCUUUUUCUUCUCCGCUCCCUUUGAAUGGCCACAGCCAUAUCGGACACUCAAAGAGUCAGACAGUGCAGGUGAUGAGGCGGAGAGUCCGGAGCAGCGAGUGCGGGAGCCCACAGGCUCUGUCCCAGCUCCACCUGACCGGGCUGCCAGCAUUGACCUCCUGGAAGAUGUCUUCAGCAGUCUGGACGUGGAUGCCCCACUGCAGCAACUGGGCCAGGCCAAGAGCCUGGAGGACCUUCGGGCGCCCAAAGACCUGAGGGAGCAGCCAGGGACCUUUGACUAUCAGAGGCUGGACCUCAGCGGAAGCGAGAGGAGCCGUGGGGUUACAGUGGCCUUGAAGCUUGCCCACCCAUACAACAAGCUCUGGAGCCUGGGCCAGGACGACAUGGCCAUCCCCACCAAGCCCCCAGCCACCUCCCCUGAGAAGACCUCACCCGUGCUCUGGAACUCCCCAGCCCUGCCCUGCAGGCCCCUGAACUGGGACAGCAAUCUGAACCCACUCAGCAAGGAGGAGGCGCCCACCCCCACUUCAGGCAGCAUCACCAUUCCCCGGCCCCAGGGCAGGAAGACCCCGGAGCUGGGCAUUGUGCCUCCACCACCUACUGCCCGCCCAGCCAAACUCCAGGCUGCCAGCACUGCCCUCGGUGACUUCACCUCAGAGCGGCUGCAGACAGAUCAGGAAAGGCGAGCCGCCAUGAGCCCUGCCCUGUUCCCGGGGCUCCUCCCCAGUGCUGUUCCCCAAGGCCCCCCCGAACUGCUUCAGCCACUCAGCCCAGCCCCAGGGGCUGCGGGCACAGGCAGCGAUGCCCUGCUCGCCCUCCUGGAUCCACUUAACACAGCCUGGUCAAGCAGCACCCUACCACCACGCCCUGCCACCCCAUUCACUCAGUUCAGCUUUCCCCCCGCAGGGACCCCUACCCAAUUCCCACAGCUACCACUCAACCCCUUCAUCCCGUCUGUGCCGGUGGCACCGCCCACCCUGCCCCUGGUCUCCACACCAGCCGGGCCUUUCGGGGCCCUGCCCACCUCCCUGGGGCCAGCUUUUGCACCCAGCCUGCUGCUGUCCACUUCCGGCUGCUGUGCCCCUCAUAGAUCUCAGCCCAACCUGUCUGCCCUCUCCAUGCCCAACCUCUUUGGCCAGAUGCCCAUGGGCACCCACACCAGCUCUCUGCAGCCACUGGGCCCCCCAGCAGUUGCCCCUUCAAGGAUCCGAACGUUACCCCUGGCCCGCUCAAGUGCCAGGGCUGCUGAGGUCAAGCAGGGGCUGGCCCUGAGGCCUGGAGAACCCCCACGCCUGCCUCCCAGACCCCCCCAGGGCCCAGAGCCAGCACCAGAGCCCUCUUCUCCUCGUCAGGCUGGAGACCCCUUUGAAGAUUUGCUGCGGAAGACCAAGCAAGACGUGAGCCCAGCCCCGGCCCCGGGCUCAGUGGAGCAGCUCAGGAAGCAGUGGGAGACCUUCGAGUGAGUCAGUCCCUGAGGGCUGGGGGUGAGCAAGGCCUGAGAGAUCCACUACUGUGGCUCCAAGGCUGGCUGGGCCUUUGCCUCCUCCCCCACUCUGUUUCUGCCCAGGUUGUGCUGGUGGGAAGGGAUGGGACCUCUCUCUGCCACCCUCGCCUCCCCUCCACACUGCCCAUCUCUGAGGUCUGGGGAAUGGUACCGGCUCCAGCCUAGACCUCAUACAGCUCCUGGGCUCCCAUCCCACCCCUCUUCAGCACCCAGUUGGGUUUUGCACUAAAGAGGUCAGCUGGGCCAAUGAUUGCCCCAGGCCAUGUCCUACCCACCCUCUGUCUGGAGAUGUCCCUGCCCAAGCCCAGCUCUCCUGUCAAUACCACCCUGCACACCCCACCUCAGCGAGCACAGGCGUCAGUGUUACCCUCCGUGGGAGUGGGUCUGCACGGGACAUGGGUGGUUUGGGGUUUGAAGUAGGGACUCCUCCCUGGCUGGAGGAUCUACGUGGUAGGGCCUUUCCAAACUGUCUCUGGCAGUAGGCACGUUCUUCUUGAGUCUUCACCCUAACCCCCAAACUCCAGUCGUUUCUGGCAUGGUAGGAUCUGGGACUGAGAGAUCUUGGGAUCCCUUGUGAUAGCCAACCCAGCCCCUGCAGCCUUGAGUGGGGCAGGGAGCACUAGCAAUCCUGAUCUGUGCAAGAAAAACAGAAACCCGUGAACCAGAGUGUGUUCAGAGGAGUCCCCAGCCCUUGUCCAGCCCUCUGUCACUCCAAUACCUCCAGGUUCUCCUGGUCUCUGCUGUCAACUGUCAAAGCAGGGGCUCAGCCUCUUGUCACUUGGGCUUUGUGGGCAGAGCUAAGAAGCAGUGACCCAGAUCCCAACUCUAAGGCCAAGCUUAAUGCCACAGACAGAUGUGGGAGUUGCCUGGGCUCUGUGUGUCAGAACCAGGCAGCGGCCCUUAGCCCCUUGUCCGGGCCCCUGUAGAGUAGAUAGACUUGAAUUCUGUCCACUUGGUGGGGGGGAGCCAGCCCCUCUCCACCUGCCUGCAGCUUCUCCCCAGCACAGAAAUUCCUGAGGCCACGUCACCAAAGUGAAAUUGAAAUGUUUUGUUAUUGUUUCUUUUAUCUUUCUUUUCCUUUUUUACCUUAUUGAUUUGAUGAAUCCUGAAAUUGACUCAUUUCAAUAAACCAAGUUAAAACACCGCUCAA